AUGGCCCGCUCUGCUUCGCUCCAUCAUCGUUCGGCCUUAACACAAAUGACUGCACCGGUACCGGUUCACUUUCGACGGGCCAAAUUCCAUCCGCCACCGUGUACUGGAGAUAGUCUCAUUUUCCUCAUCAACUAUGCCACAGACCUUAGAUACACACUGGUUGUCUCGGAUGCGGGUGGAAACCUGGCGUCCGAGUCUGACGAUUGGCGAACGACUGAAAGAUGGCGGUUAGGACUGGCGAGCACAUGCAGUGGCCCUAACCUCGUGAAAACUACUCAUGAGUAG